CCUGCGAUCACUGCCUGGAGACGGCGGAGAAAACCGCCCAGCGGCUGCUGGGGAAGAGCUCGCUGGUGCUGCCUCACCCGGAGCAGUGCAGCAUCCGGAAAGACCUGCAUCAGCAGUGUCCCCGGUGCCAGGUGACGUACUGCAGCGCUGAAUGCAGGCAGGCCGCUUUGGAGCAGUACCACCAGGUCCUCUGCCUCGGCCCGUCCCGUGACGACCCCACGCACCCCCUCAACAAGCUGCAGGAGGCCUGGAGAAACAUGCAUUAUCCACCAGAGACUUCCAGCAUCAUGUUGAUGGCCCGGAUGGUCGCCACCGUCAAACAGGCUAAAGACAAGGAGUGGUGGAUCAAGGCCUUCUCCCAGUUCUGCAGUAAGACAGCAAAUGAAGAAGAGGAGGUUGUGCACAAGCUGCUGGGGGACAAAUUUAAGGGCCAGCUGGAGCUCCUGCGGUUGCUCUUCACUGAAGCCCUUUACGACGAACAUCUCAGCAGGUGGUUCACUCCAGAAGGCUUUCGAUCCCUCUUUGCCCUCGUUGGGACCAAUGGCCAAGGCAUAGGAACAAGCUCUCUGAGCCAGUGGGUGCACGCUUGCGAUGCGCUGGAUCUCCCCAUGCUGCAGCGAGAGGAGCUGGACGCCUUCAUCGACCAGCUCUACAAGGACAUUGAGAAGGAGUCAGGAGAGUUCCUCAACUGCGAGGGAUCAGGUCUCUACGUGCUCCAGAGCUGCAGUAACCACAGCUGCAUCCCCAAUGCCGAGACAUCCUUCCCUGAAAACAACUUCCUCCUACAUCUGACGGCUCUGGAGGACAUUGAAGCAGGAGAGGAAAUCUGCAUCAGUUAUUUAGACUGCUGUCAGAGGGAGCGGAGCAGACACAGCCGCAACAAGAUACUCAGGGAGAACUACUUGUUUACCUGCUCGUGUCCCAAGUGCCUAGCGCAAGCCGACGAUGCUGACGUGACGUCGGACGAAGAAGAGGAGGGCGAAGGGGAGACGGAUGAUGCUGAGCUGGAGGAUGAGAUGACUGACGUUUGAUCCUAGCCCCGGGCGAGAGGAGAGGGAAGGGACGGGAGGGUCCUCCGUGAGGCAGCAGCUUUAAUACUAGAAACAGGGUUGUGUUGUGGGGUCGGGUGGGAGGCCACGUGCCAGUGGCGGGUGCGGAGGUCUGGCGGAGUGGGGCAGCGGGGGAGCCGGAGGCAGGCCCUGCUCCCGCCUGUCCUUGUUGUGCGCUGUGUGUGCGUGUGUGUGCGUGUGUGUGUGUUUCAGGCCAUCCCCGUCCUCCCUGUGAGGACAGGCUGUGAGCCGGUAACCUCCUGCCGUGUCCCGGUCCC